AUGUCAUCCAACACAUCACAGGCAGCUCUGUGGCUUGAACGAUCUCGCCUUGAUGGAAUGGUCUUAGGGGGUGUAUCCUAUGGCAUAUACCUUUUCCUUACAGUACAAACCUGGAUUGUUGUCAUGCAGCAGCCUCGAUAUGGGGGUAGAAGCCGUCGCGUGCUUCUUUUUUACAUAUUCAUCACGUUCGCAUUGGGGACGGUAUCCUUUGCUGCGAACGCGAAAUAUACGGAGAUGAUUUGGAUAGACCUUCGGGAUGUACCUGAGAGCCCGGCCGAUCUAAUCGAGAACCAAAUGACCUAUCCUAUCAACGUUCUAGCGAUUUCCACUGCUCACAUCCAGGAGUGGUUUAUGCAAGCUCUACUUCUUCACCGAUGUUUCGUGAUAUGGAAUUGGGCGAGAUGGGUGACGAUCCCUAUGAUCACGCUCUACAUCGCCAUGAUAGCAAUAUCGAUUCUCGUUCAGAUCCAGGCGAGCACCGGUGUUGUAUAUUACAAUAUCGACGUCUUACUUGCCUACUCCUGCAUCGAAGUGGGAAUCGGUGUCAUUUAUACCAUUCUCGUGGCGAAUCGUUUGCUCGCCAUGCGAAGCCUGAUGAAACAGGUCACGGCCCAAUAUGAUUCUAGCACCUAUGACACCGUCAUUAUCAUAGUCGUCGAGUCUGCCAUACCAUACUCUAUCUUCGCUGUGAUUUUCAUAGUGUCAUUUGCUCUGCAUCUAAACGCUAUCACUACUAUAUGCUACCUGUCUGUUUGCCAAGUCCAGGGCAUUGCUCAAUUAUUCAUCAUUCUUCGCGUUGCACGGGGCCUGACAGAUCCACAAGAUUGGUCGAGUCGAAUUGCUGCAGCACCUACGAUUACAGUAUUCUCAGGUUUUGCAUCGGACACAACGGGAAAAUCAAAUAAUGAAAGUAUAGCGAGGCCAGAGGAAGCCAUUGUUUAA